AGGCUGCACACUGUACAAAUGCGGCUUUAGCAGUCUCCUAUCACUUUUUUAUUUCAUUUGAACAUUUUAUCGCAGCGAGGCAGUACAUCUGAUUUCUCAACACUCUGCCACCAUGCAGCUCCUCUUCGUGGCGACCUUUGCCGUUCUCCUGGCUUGCGCGUACGGGCAAGCGGCCAACAGUGUGAUCGUGGCGCAGGCGCAGGCCAUCGUGGCGUCGGCGAACAAGAUCGCGGGUGAGAGCGGGGACAGCAACGCGGUGUUCAAGGACAUGGGCGACAUCAUGACGGCCGUGGCCAACAUCGGCGACGCCCUCGUCCAGUCCAACACCAAGCUCAGCGGCCGCGCCUUCAACGGCCUCUCCCUGGCCGGCGGCAUCCUCAACGGCAUCGGCGGCGCCCUCACCGCGGCUGGCGGCGGCGGUGGCGGCAAAUAAACCAGGUGACAGAUCCGCAAGAGCUUCUCCCUACACCCACCAGGGGUAUCGCCACCCGCCCCCACGGACCAAGAUUUUGUGUACAUCACGCGGACGUUUUAUCGGUUGAACUCGUUAUACACUGGUACAGUAAUUAUUCAUAUAAGAACGAUGUGAUCGCUGCAGUCGCGUGCGAUUUGUAAGAAGAUGGUGAACUUGAAUGUCUUGUAUGGUGUCCACUGUCCAGCAACUGAAUAAAUGCUACAUGCAUUG